AUGGGGGAUUCCAACAUCAGUCAGCUGGCAGCGGUUUAUGCAAAACCACAGGAUCAUCUCACCCAAGCCAGUAAUUUGGAUCAGCUCACAGACAACUAUGAGAUGGACUAUGGCAUCCCCCCUGAAGACAUCCCAGACACGACACAGGGCCAGGCCUUCUUUGUGGCCACCAUUUUUCUCGCCGUGGUCCUCGUCUGUAUCAUGCUGGUCUGUGGGGUGGGGAACUUCCUGUUCAUUGUCAGUUUGGCAAGAUACAGAAAGCUCCGCAACCUCACCAACCUGCUCAUUGCCAAUCUGGCCAUAUCAGACUUUAUUGUUGCAAUAGUGUGUUGCCCGUUCUUAGUGGAUUACUACGUUGUGAAGAAGCUCUCCUGGGACCACGGGUUGGUGCUGUGUGCCUCGGUCAACUACCUCAGGACUGUCUCGCUCUAUGUCUCCACGAACGCACUGCUCGCCAUCGCUGCUGAUAGGUACAUGGCCAUAGUCCACCCUCUCCAGCCCCGUAUGAAGUACCAAACUGCCUACUGUCUGAUCACAGGCGUCUGGAUUGUGCCCAUCCUCAUCUCGAUUCCUUCUGCCUACUUUGCAUCUGAGACCAUGUACCCACAUAGCGGCACCACCCCGGCCAGUCACAAGGUCUUCUGUGCCCAAAUCUGGCCCGUGGAACUGCAGGCCUACUACCGCUCAUACUUCCUGUUCGUUUUUGCCUUGGAAUUUGUUGGGCCUGUUAUUGUCAUGGCAACGUGUUACACCCAGAUAUCCCGUGAGCUCUGGUUUAAGAACAUGCCGGGCUUUCAAACGAAGCAGAUUAAGAAGAGGCUGCGUUGCCGGCGGAAAACAGUGAUGGUCCUGAUUGGGAUCUUAACGGCAUACAUCCUGUGCUGGGUGCCCUACUACUGCUUCACCAUCCUGCGAGACUUCCACCCGACGCUCAUCUCCCGCCAGAGAAACUCAUUGGUUGCCUUCUAUAUUAUUGAGUGUAUCACCAUGGGCAACAGCAUGAUCAACACCCUCUGCUUUGUCAGUGUCAAGAACAAUACAGUGAAACACCUGAAAAGGAUUGUGCUGCUGCGUUGGAGGUCCACUUACACCCCCAGCAAGGUUGUGGAUGAAGGUGAUAUAAGAACAUCAUCCAUGCCUGUGACUGAAGAGAUUGAAUGCAUUCGACUCAGGUGA